AUGAAGCCAAAACACCUGGCGUGGGGGCUCAGCAUUACCACUCUAUUCACCGUCGCACUGCUCAAAGCCAUUUCUCUCUCCCAGAAUGUACUUGUAAACCUGAUUUCAAGUAUCUUGAAUUGGUACCUACACUGGAGGUAUCCAAUCAAAGAUGUAGAUGGCACCAAGAAUCUACCGUCACUGCCAUAUGUAUGGCCGAACGGUAAUGGAGAUGCAGCAAAGUUCCUCCAAGGCCGUGAAAAUGGGGAGGAAUGGCGAAAGAAACUAGGGUCUACUUACAGAAUCUGGUCUGGAUCUACUCCUGAAGUAGUGAUAUCUGAGCCAGAGCACCUAAAAGAACUCUUUAAGGACUCUGAUCAGCACUACAAAGCCGUCAACAACGACUCCGGAUAUCUGAUGAGCCAGCUCUUGGGCCAAUGUGUUGGUUUGCUCAGCCGAAAAUCUUGGCAAAGUCUCCGAUCCCAGGUGGAAGGGCCAUUCACCCAUGUCGCCAUUGCCAAUGAUGCAGCCCUCAUCCGUGCGCAAACGCGAAAGUUUGUUGAACAAUUGAGCAACACUGGAGAUUUCCGCAACGGCAUUUUUGACCCAGCCAAGGAUAUCAACUUUUAUCCUUUCUUUGUUGUCGCUACUUUAUUGUACGGUGACCUCGAUGCAGAAGACGUUCAAUGGUUGAGGAAGAUUGCACCUUUGCGCCAGAAACUAUUUACAUAUGUGAUCAGUGGCGGUUUGGCUCGUUUCUCAGUAUCCCGGUUCCUUCCCACAACGGCAAAUAGGCUACUGCAUGAAUUCCAGCAGGAGUGGUCAUGUUUCAACGAAUCCAUCUACGAAAAGGCUAAAGCUAGGGGUGAUAUAACGCCCAUGACCAAGCUAUGGGAAGACAGCAAGGAGGGCAGGAUAGACCAGGUACAGCUACUUCAAACUCUCGAUGAGUCUCUAUUUGCAAACCUCGACGUAACUACAGGCGCUAUCUCAUGGAACUUCAUCUAUCUCGCCUCCUCCCCCAACGACCAGGCAAGAUUAGUAGAAGAAAUCAAGAGGGAGUGUGGUCCAGAUGACAUUCAUUGGGACGCAUAUAUUGCUCGAAGCGAUACCUUCCUAGCAUCCUGUAUCAACGAAUCUUCUCGCCUGCGGCCAGUCGCACCGUUUUCUAUUCCGCAAGCUCCCCCAACAAAUCGCAGGAUUGGCAAAUGGAUGCUUCCAGGCCGAACAAUGAUCAUUGUUGAUUCGUACGGACUAAACAUUCGCAAUCCCUUUUGGGGAGAAAAGAGCCAAGAAUGGAUACCAUCCCGAUUCCUAAACAUCAAACCCAGCCAGUUACGAUACAAUAUGUGGCGUUUUGGAUUUGGCCCACGGCAAUGUAUGGGAAAAUUUGUUGCUGAUCGCAUGCUUCGGAGCAUAGUCGCUAGCAUCAUUAGAGACUGGCAGUUGCAGCUCAGGCCAGAAGAUGCUAAUACGGACUUUACAGUAAACCCUGAUGAAUGGAUUACACAUCCUGACAUUCGUCUCAUUUGCAAGAUACGGUAA